AAUUCAACAGUCCGACACAGUCGACUUGAAAAUCAGACGACAUUUGGAAGAAACAGACGCGAAGUUUUUAACUCCAAACAUGUUUUCGUUUGAAAUUCCUGCUCCAGCUCAUUGCGUGCUGUGGGCGUCCCUCCUUCUCCUCCCGUCCCUGGUGGAGGGUCACGGGCGUCUGCUGGAACCCCCGUCUCGAGCCAGUAUGUGGAGACUUGGUUUCAAUACCCCACCAAACUACAACGACAACCAGCUCUAUUGUGGUGGUUACCAGAGACAAUGGGAACAGAACAAGGGGAAGUGCGGUGUGUGCGGAGAUCCCUGGGACGGAAUCCGCGAGAACGAGGCUGGAGGGAAGUACGCAAAAGGUAUCAUCGUCCGGAAGUACAAUCAUGGAGAGACAAUCAAAAUUAGCAUUGAUGUGACCGCGAACCACAAAGGUUAUUUUGAGUUCCGUCUGUGCCCCAACAACGACCCCUCCACCCCCGUCACCCAGAAGUGUCUGGACAGACAUGUUCUGAAACACACCGACGGUAGCACGCGCUUUUACGUUACAACGUCACGUGAAGGCAAAUACAACAUGGAAGUUAAACUUCCGGCGGAAGUGACGUGUUCUCAGUGUGUCCUGCAGUGGAAAUACAACGCUGGCAACUCUUGGGGAUGUGAAACAAGUGGCCACUGCUGUGUUGGAUGUGGACCCCAGGAACAGUUUUACGGAUGCGCAGACGUUGCGAUACUCUCGUCUAACAGUCACGUGCAGACUGUCCACGUGACGCCAUCUGGUGGUGCUACAUCCGGGUGCUCAGCUAGCGGUCUGUGGACAGGGAAUAGCCGAAUUGUCACGUGGUGCAAGACAAACUGCGCCCUGGGAAGACCGCGAGUCACCACACCAGCCCAUAAUCGCUACAUCUGGGUAACCGACGUACAUAACCGCCAUCGUUCCGCACGUGACACAGCACAAGAACAGUUUGAAUCCCGGAGAAGGUCCGACCAGACAAUCAGGAACCGUCUCCGAGAGGCAGGAGUUCCCUCUGAUCUGAUUUGCGAGGUGCAGGAGGUUGAUCCACAUCUAGACAGUCCACUUGGUCCUGCAUGCGCCUGGGAUGACAUGGUGGUUUUCAUCCUCAUGGCCCACCUAUUGGGCUGCAAUGCCUAG